GUGAAUUUUGUUUUCUUUUUUUCCUCGGACUUGUUUUACUCAGCUGCUGGUAAAGGCGAUCUGGAUUCCGGUGUGAGUCGUCACCGAACGGGCGGAGCACCUCUGUUUCUUUGUUCUGCUCUUGUUUUGAAUCCAUUAAUAUUUUUUCGUACACUUUGAUCGGAUGUCAAAACGCCAGUUACUUAACAUGGAAGAAAUAUGUGGGGAAUCUUGGAUGGAGGUCUGCGAGGCAUUUCUGGAAGGGAAAAGGCACAGUGGCGAACACACUUCAUGCAGUGUGCCGGAAUAUAAUGAUUUGGAGGCGGCAGAAGCUCUGGUCUUCAUGAGCAUCUGGAGUCAGAAGUCUCCAAAUCCCAACUCCUUCAAACCUCGUCCUCUUACCCCAGCGUCAGACUCUUGCGACUCUCUCCUGCAACCUGAACCACCAGAGACCCCAAACGACUUUGUCUGCCUCUCCUCACUGUGUAUGACCCCACCACACAGUCCCAGCUUUUCUGAGACCUCUAACACUACAGCAGGGCCAGCCUCCCCCUCCCCACUGGCCCGACCUUGUCCCAGCCUCCCCCACUUCAUCACUCCAAUGCAAACCACAGAGAAAACCACAUCUUCGCCUUGCAGGGCUAUGGCAACUAGUGUAAUACGUCACACAGCUGACAGCUCCCUCUAUCAAAACAUUCCACAAGCAGUCCACCCUCUAAAGACUGAGAAACAGAUGCAACCUGAGGCUUCAACCCAACCCCAAAGGGACACCACAACAGCAAGCACAUGCCAAAACUGCAUUGCACCCCAUUCUAAAGAUGACAAACUCUCGCCAACAUCCCCACAGUCACCCCCCCCAACCCCUAGUCCACCAAUCAUAUGCCAGAUGUUUCCUGUGGCACAACCAGGAGUCAUCUCAGCCACGUUUAUUCAGAGCCCAGCUCAGAAGCCCAGCCAUGGGAUGACGUCUAUCUUACCACAGCCUUUCAUAAUGGGCUCCUCAGUGCCUCAGGGGACAGUGAUGUUCGUGAUGCCUCAGUCACCUAUGUCUUCAGCUCCACAAUGCCCACAGACUGUUAUGACCCUGGGCAACACCAAGCUCCUGCCUCUGGCUCCUGCACCAGUUUACGUGCCAUCAGGGCAGAGCAGUGUCAUGCAGGUCGACUUUUCCCGCAGACGCAACUAUGUCUGCAAUUUCUCAGGCUGUCGGAAGACCUAUUUUAAGAGCUCUCACCUAAAGGCACAUCUCAGAACUCACACAGGGGAGAAACCUUUCAGCUGUAACUGGGAAGGCUGCGAUAAGAAAUUUGCUCGCUCCGACGAGCUCUCCCGCCACCGGCGAACGCACACGGGUGAAAAGAAGUUUGCCUGCCCAGUUUGUGACAGGCGGUUUAUGCGUAGUGACCACCUCACCAAGCAUGCACGCCGGCACAUGACCACUAAGAAGAUCCCUUCCUGGCAAACAGAGGUGCGGAAUCUCAACAAGAUCACCGCAGCCAAGACCUUGCACCCUGGCACAGCACUACCAAUCAGCAUGUUGCUUCCAGGUUCAAACUGAAUCUGUUUGAGACUGAACUCUCACUGACAUUAUGCAGGGACUCAUUAUAUGAGGCUGCAGAUUUUCUCAUGGGCAAAAAUGUGAUUAUGCACUGGACUCCUUUUUUCUUAGCUGCACAUAUUUUGCACUCAGCAGUGGAACAUUUUGUUUACUAUUGUGUAAAAGAAUUAUGCACUCUUAUGCCAAAGCCUUUGUACUACAUUUGUCUUAAGUUUUUAUCCUUUUUCAUCCAUCCUUUUCAUCUUUUUUUCUUUUUUUUUUGUAUACAUAUAUAUGUACAUAUAUACAGUAGUGGAAGUGUAUGAUGUAUGCUAAACAACAUACAAUAUAAUUAGAAAAAGGAAAAUUAAUAUGUACAAAUGUAUAUGUGAAUAAUUAUCUGCACUGUGAUGAUCAUAUAAUACUCUUUUAUUUAAUACUCUUUUAUAUUAAACAAUAGAGAAUAAGUGUGUUGUUGUGAUUUAAUUAAGCAUUAAAGCACUGAUCAAAGUACAAGUAAAGGUGACCAUAAUAAUAUGUGGCAACAGAAAAAUGAAUGGUUCUCAUAGGGUUUUAGAACAAAGUUGUGAAAGUUCACUUCUUCCUGCCACUGCUCUUCGAAGACACAGAGCUUCCCCUCUCACCCGUGAUGGAUCCACUUCCUGAUAUGUGCCUGAUCCUUCAUCUCAUGCAUCACCACUAAUCUCAGCAGCAAGUUGACAAGUAAUUUAAUUUGCUGCCGUUAAUGCUCAGGAUAGGACAAAACCAACAUGUUUUUCUAAAAAAUUUUCAUUUAACAAACACCUUUCAAUGAUAAAUAGAUCAUUAGUUCGUUAUAAAGACACAGACAGUCUAUUGUGUUAUUUUCAUUUGUAAUUUCCAGAUGGUUGGCCUCUUUCAAAACCUGUGUAGUCAUGCAGUUGACAUGUUUUGAUGGAUGGUUUAUGAUUCACUUACUUUCUAUUGCCAAAGGAUUACAGUUUAGCAAUCACUAUUAUGAAUGUGUUUUUGCUCAUCUACAAGUAUUAAUUUUUGGAACAGAUUUUGUUUGUUUUAGAUAUAUGUUUAAGAAGUGAAAGGAAUAAUUAUGUAACUACUGAAUGUACUAUUACCUUAGCCUGAUUUUCCAGAAGAGGAAAAAAACAGUGGUGGAUAAAGACAGUAAAAUGGGAGAAGAUGCCAAAUGUACUGUCAUUCUCUCAGCAUCUGCAAUAGAAAUCCCCUCGCAGCUGUGGUAAAUCUUUUUUUUUU